UUAUUUAUUUUUGAGACAGAGAGAGACAGAGCAUGAAUGGGGGAGGGUCAGAGAGAGACGGAGACACAGAAUGUGAAACAGGCUCCAGGCUCUGAGCAGUCAGCACAGAGCCCGACGCGGGGCUCGAACUCACGGACUGCGAGAUUGUGACCUGAGCCGAAGUCGGACGCUCAACCGACUAAGCCACCCAGGCGCCCCUAGAGCAGGGUUUUUGAUGUUACUCCAUGUUUCAGAGAGAGCAUAUUUAGUGGCAGUGAGAAGAAUAUGACAAGACAUAAAAUAGGCAUUAUUGGUGUUUGACCCAGGUGCAGCUUUGCUUCAGGAUUACUUCCAGAAUGCAGCCCCAGGUCAUUCAUUACGUUUCCCACCCUCCCUUCUACAUUUAGUCAGUCACCAAACUUAAUAAUGAAGGACCUGUGGAGACCCAGAGCUUUAAAAAGGCCUAACAGGGUUCAGGGAGGUCAUUUUGCCCAUCUCACUUUUCUGCUGUAAGCUGCCUGAUUUGGUCUAGAGUUGUUUCCAGGACAUACCUCAGACAUAGCUAGGCCUUGGCAAGUGGGUGGUGUGGGUUAGACUGAUUGAUGGUGGACAUCUUAAGGAAGGUGUUGGGCAUUACUGUAGUGGAAACAGAGAAUGUUUAAUGGUAAUUAUAUUAAUUUAACAGAUAAGUGACUUUACAAGAUAGGGGUUGGAUACCUGAAAAUCUUGGUUGGCUUAAGGAGUUUUCCUUGUAAAUUUGAGAAAAGCCCAUUUAUAAUGGCUAGAAUGAAAUACAUACUUGAUGUUUUGCAGGGUCCCAUAUAUGUGUGUUUGUCAACAUGUACACAUUUAAUGACACAUACUGUGUUAAUUUGAAUAGGCUCUAUAAUUAGAGUCUUUAGGGAAAUGGGCAUGGUAGUCUUGAGUUAUGAGUGAUUCCAGUGAAUCAGUAGAGAAUAUUUGGAAAGAUCAUUGUCAAAUUAUUGGGGGUGUGCUUGGGAAAUGAAUUUUUUAGUGACUGUGGUGGCCAUUCUGGAAUAGGUUCACAAAAUUUGAGGGCAAUUUGGGGCAAAUUUGUGUGUUAAGUUGGAGAGUGUUAGUUUGGAGGAAAUGAGGGAACACAAAAUGCAGUUUUGAGAAAGGUGAGUUGAUUUGGUGGGAGCUGAUCAAAAUUGUAAGUUAGCUGUGGAGAGGUUUUGAAUAGGUAAGUGGGAGAUGUAAUUUAUGAGGAAGCUUGGUAUUAGAAAAGUAAAUUCAAGAGUAAAAUUGGAGAGAUGGUUUAGGGGAGGUUAUUUUUUGAGGGGAAUACAGCUCUUAGGUUAAAAACAGGAAGGCAAGGGACAACUGCAACGAGUAAAGGUGUGGAGAAACAGAGUACGUGGAGGGGUUAAGGAAGAGGUUGCUGAAAGAUUUCUCAUCGUGAGGAGUGCUUUGUUGGAUACUACUUUUGAAUAGUGGUUCGGUAACGUAGGGGGCUUAAACGUCCCUCCGUCUGUAGGGGUGGGGACAGUUAGGCGGAAGAGUUACCUUUCUUGAGAAGCCGGGGCAGUCGGGAACCCAGGCCCGGAUCCGACCCCCGCACUGGCGGGGUUUUGUCUGCGCUCGGCCGGGGGGCGGACGCAGCGGAGGCGAGGGGCUGCGCCGUGCUGGGCCCAAGAGCCGCCACGGCAGAGCACAGCCGGGAGGGCCACCGGCGCGGCGCGGCGCUCCGCACUACCGGGCCUCUCCCAGGGCGCUUCAGUAAGUGAGCAGGCCGCGCGGGCUGUGCGGUGGGGGCCGGGAGGAGGAGCUUUCUGGAGCGCCCCCAGCGGACCUCCGCACGCGGCUCGCAAGGCUUCCUUUUGUUGUGUGUGUACGUGUGAGUGUGCGCGCGCGUGCGUGAGUGCGCCCGUGUGCAGGGAGGCGGCGGAGGAGCCGAGAAGCCGGGGCUUUGCCUGCCGGGGUGCCUCGGCGGGCGGCGGGGCCUCCCAGACGCCCGUCUUCCGGGUCGGGGCCCGCGGCGCAGCGAGAUGGCGAACUUUGACUUGGAUGGCAUAAGUGAUUAAGGUGGUGUGGAGGGUAUUUGAAGCUUACGAAAGGUAGAAACUCAACCAUGAUAUCUUUUUCAACUCUACAGCAUUCCCUUCCUUGAAGUCUUCAUUUUUAUCUUAGUCUCAGGCAGUUAUACUUAAGCAUGAACAUUGACGACAAACUGGAAGGAUUAUUUCUUAAAUGUGGCGGCAUAGACGAAAUGCAGUCUUCCAGGGCAAUGGUUGUAAUGGGUGGAGUGUCUGGCCAGUCUACCGUGUCUGGGGAACUGCAGGAGUCGGUACUUCAAGAUCGGAGUAUGCCUCACCAGGAGAUCCUUGCUGCAGAUGAAGUGUUACAAGAAAGCGAAAUGAGACAACAGGAUAUGAUAUCACAUGAUGAACUCAUGGUCCAUGAGGAGACAGUGAAAAAUGAUGAAGAGCAGAUGGAAACACAUGAAAGACUUCCUCAAGGACUACAGUAUGCACUUAAUGUCCCUAUAAGUGUAAAGCAGGAAAUUACUUUUACUGAUGUGUCUGAGCAACUGAUGAGAGACAAAAAACAAAUCAGAGAGCCAGUAGACUUACAGAAAAAGAAGAAACGGAAACAACGUUCUCCUGCAAAAAUCCUUACAAUAAAUGAGGAUGGAUCACUUGGUUUGAAAACCCCUAAAUCUCACGUUUGUGAGCACUGCAAUGCUGCCUUUAGAACGAACUAUCACUUACAGAGACAUGUGUUCAUUCAUACAGGUGAAAAACCAUUUCAAUGUAGUCAAUGUGACAUGCGUUUCAUACAGAAGUACCUGCUACAGAGACAUGAGAAGAUUCAUACUGGUGAAAAACCAUUUCGCUGUGAUGAAUGUGGUAUGAGAUUCAUACAAAAAUAUCACAUGGAAAGGCAUAAGAGAACUCAUAGUGGAGAAAAACCUUACCAGUGUGAAUACUGUUUACAGUAUUUUUCCAGAACAGAUCGUGUAUUGAAACAUAAACGUAUGUGCCAUGAAAAUCAUGACAAAAAGCUAAACAGAUGUGCCAUCAAAGGUGGCCUUCUGACAUCUGAGGAAGAUUCUGGCUUUUCUACAUCACCAAAAGAUAACUCACUGCCAAAAAAGAAAAGGCAGAAAACUGAGAAAAAAUCAUCUGGGAUGGACAAAGAAAGUGCUUUGGACAAAUCUGACCUGAAGAAAGACAAAAAUGAUUACCUGCCCCUUUAUUCUUCAAGUACUAAAGUAAAAGAUGAGUAUAUGGUAGCAGAGUAUGCUGUUGAAAUGCCACAUUCUUCAGUUGGGGGAUCACAUUUAGAAGAUGCAUCAGGAGAAAUACAUCCACCUAAGUUGGUUCUCAAAAAAAUUAAUAGUAAGAGAAGUCUGAAGCAGCCAUUGGAGCAGAAUCAAACAAUUUCUCCCUUAUCCACAUAUGAAGAGAGCAAAGUGUCAAAGUAUGCUUUUGAACUUGUGGAUAAACAAGCUUUACUGGACUCAGAGGGCAAUGCUGAUAUUGAUCAGGUCGAUAAUUUGCAGGAGGGGCCCAGUAAACCUGUGCACAGUAGUACUAAUUAUGAUGAUGCCAUGCAGUUUUUGAAGAAGAAACGAUACCUUCAAGCAGCAAGUAACAAUAGUAGGGAGUAUGCGCUGAAUGUGGGCACCAUAGCUUCUCAGCCUUCUGUAACACAAGCAGCUGUGGCAAGUGUCAUUGAUGAAAGUACUACGGCAUCCAUAUUAGAUUCACAGGCACUGAAUGUGGAGAUUAAGAGUAACCAUGACAAAAAUGUUAUUCCAGAUGAGGUACUGCAGACUCUCUUGGAUCAUUACUCUCAUAAAGCUAAUGGACAGCAUGAGAUAUCAUUCAGUGUUGCAGACACUGAGGUGACUUCUAGCAUAUCAAUAAAUUCUUCAGAAGUACCUGAGGUCACCCAGGCAGAGAAUGUUGGAUCAAGCUCCCAAGCAUCCUCAUCAGAUAAAGCCAACAUGUUGCAGGAAUACUCAAAGUUUCUGCAGCAGGCUUUGGACAGAACUAGCCAAAAUGAUGCCUAUUUGAAUAGCCCGAGCCUUAACUUUGUGACUGAUAACCAGACCCUUCCAAAUCAGCCAGCAUUCUCUUCCAUAGACAAGCAAGUCUAUGCAGCCAUGCCCAUCAAUAGCUUUCGAUCAGGAAUGAAUUCUCCACUAAGAACAACUCCAGAUAAGUCCCACUUUGGACUAAUAGUUGGUGAUUCACAGCACUCAUUUCCCUUUUCAGGUGAUGAGACAAACCAUGCUUCUGCCACAUCAACACAGGACUUUUUGGAUCAAGUGACUUCUCAGAAAAAAGCUGAGGCUCAGCCUGUCCACCAAGCUUACCAAAUGAGCUCCUUUGAACAGCCCUUCCGCGCUCCAUAUCAUGGAUCAAGAGCUGGAAUAGCUACUCAGUUUAGCACUGCCAAUGGACAGGUGAACCUUCGGGGACCAGGGACAAGUGCUGAAUUUCCAGAAUUUCCCUUGGUGAAUGUAAAUGAUAAUAGAGCUGGGAUGACAUCUUCACCUGAUGCUACAACUGGCCAGACCUUUGGCUAAAAAAAAGUGUAAAUAAUACUGGCACUUUAGAACAGAUUAAUCAAGAGUGGGGUUACUCUGUGUAAAUGGAGUGCUGUACAGAUUUAAGAGCAAUGCGUUAUAACAAGUUAAGCUGAUAUGAAUAGCAAGAUAAUCCAAUAACUGCAUUUUGUUUGGUUAGUCAGCAUUCUUUGAACUGCCUUACAUGUUGUCACCUUUAUAGAAGCAAUGCAUUACUUGUUUUAGAACAGAAACUUGCUAUUCCACCUACACCGAGUUUAAAAGGAAAAAAAAAAAGACUUUCGCACAAUUGUUUCCUAAUUGAUAACAUUGUACAUUCUUAGGAGAUUAGUAAUUGUGUGAAAUUUACUCAUACUGUUUCUAAGUUUUUCAGCAUAGUCAUUGCACUUCAGCAGGGAAUCUGAGUAUACUUUACAGACAGAGUGAACUUCAGAGUUUAAAUGUCAAGAGAUUAUGGCUUAAAUAAAUUAGUGUGUCCUAUAGGAGGAAAAAAAGAAACCAAGAAACCACCGUUUAAAAAGAAUGAUAUGCCAUAUACCCUUGAUUUUCAUUUUGCAUUAUAUUGACAUGUUUUUUUUUUUGAGAAAAGAAAGUAAUAAAAAUCUGAUAGUCUAAGACUCCACUAUUUAAAAGCCUAAUUACUUUUAAAAUAUGCAUACUUUCAAAACUUUUACCAAAAUACGUAACUGUUGAAGCAUUCACUUCUCAAUGGAAGUAUGCAUAUUGGUGUCAGUUUCUUUGUACAGUUGUACUUAGAUAUUUUUUAUGAUUUUUCAUGUGCAGGUAUCAAGGUUUUGAAGUUUUAGUAAAAAGAUAUUCUGUAGAUUACAUUCCCAAGAACAUAAUGCUUACACAAAAUGUAUAUUCCACGUUUUAAAGCUUAAUUGUAUUUUACUUUACAUAUACACUUCAGUUAACAUAGAGCACUUAGAAUCUAUUUGGUAUUUUUGAUUUCUCAAAGUAAAAAAAAAAAAUUAGAUUUUUAGGUUUGAUAUGGUUGUGUCAUAAUCAUCUCAUAAUUGACAAUUUUAAUUUUUGGCAAUAAAAGGAAAUUGGAUAUCUUUGGAACUGUAAAACCUGGUUUAAUCCUUCUCUUUCUAGAAUCUUGAUAGAUUGAAUAAUUAAACAGUAUCCAGAGAAACUAAAGAAAUGGGCAUUUUAAUUGCUUAUUUUAUCUUGAAUUACUUUUUAAUGAACACUGCUCAUUACAAUUUUACAAACCAAAAGUGUUUACUAAUUCUAGUAACUACAAUUUCUUUUUCAGCUAGAUGAGUGAUCGGAAACUUUUUGUUGCAUUUCAAAAUCUAAAUAAACUACAGACUUUAUCCUUAUACCACGAAUGUUUUUUUUUUUUAAUAUAUAUAUAUAUAUAUAUAUACUUUGUCUUAAAAUAAUACAGCAUGGUACCAUAAAUAGUGCUUUUAUAUAUACACAUAUGUAUACUUUUCUAAAGAAUGAUGGUUUGAUUUACACAUUGGACAGUUUUAAUUUUUGGAAAAUAACAUUACUUCUAUUGAUUUUAUUAUCCUCUUUAAUUUGUUCCAACUUUUUUGCUUAUUUUAAUUUCCACCAUGUUUGUCACAAUGCACAUACUGAUGUAGCACCAGUGAUACUCUAAAAUUAAUAUUCUUGGAAGGUGAAACUUUAUAGUUGCUAAUUUCCACUUUAACUUUUAUAUUGGCCCUAUAGAUCUGCAGUCUUUGUUUCAGUAUAGAAUGUUACACAUUUAAAUUAUUGUUUCUUUUAUUUAAUGUUAUCCCAAGACUGUUCUCAUAAAGGGAACAAAGAAAAUAUCAACCCUUAACAUCUUUUACAUUUAUUUUGAAUAUUUUGGUGUUUUAUGACAAUGAAUAUAAAUUAUGUUUAAUGUGGUUUCCUCUGUACGUUGGUUAUUAAGCUUUGCUUGAAAUAUUAAUUUUCCUAUUUGACAGCUUUCUUUGCUGCCAAACUUUUCAAGAAUUUUAUUUAGGCUUCUCUGAGGUAGAUGUUUAAGUUCUGCCAUUACUGACUUUGAAGAAUAGUGUGUGUUGUGUUAUACAUCAUGCAAUUGCAAGAAGGCUCUAUUCAGGUGAGAUGUGAAAAAUGGAACUGUGCUCACGCUAUAUAGGUGUUUAUAUUUUUCUCAUACUGUUAUUUGAUAAUAGGCAUUUAUUUCCUGAGUUGAUUUCUUUCUCUUUUUUCUUUUUCUUUUUUUCUUUUUCUUUUUCUUUUUCUUUUUCUUUUUCUUUUUCUUUUUCUUUUCCUCUUUCUCUUUCUCUUUCUCUUUCUCUCUCUUUCUCUCUUUCUCUCUUUCUCUCUUUCUCUUUCCUUUUUCCUUUUUCCUUUUUUCUUUUUCUUUUUUUGAGCCUGGUCAAAAAUUUUGUUGUUCAACAGCUUGUUCAGUCCUGAUAUAGUAUACAGUUUUUGUUUGUUUUAAUAUCACCAGCACAGUUUUUUUAGAGUGUGACUCUACUGCUGAGCAGUUAGGGUAAGCCAAGGAAGGCAGGCCUUUGAAAAUGGUAGUUACGCAAGCAAAAUUUCAGGUGUUGCAUUCCUGUCUUUGGCACAUUUCUUUAAAUAUACAUAAUGGCAGACUUUUCUACCACAUUGUAAGCAUUUGAUACUUUGACAUAAGUUAUUGACGUACCAUUUAAGUAUAGUAGUUGUGGCUCUCUUACUGUGAAAUUCUAAAUGCCUACCAGAAUUACCUUGUAUUAUCAUCAUAGGAUAAACAUCUCAACAGUUUGGGUUUCCCCACUUUGCUUUAGAAAGUUACUUAAUUUGUAUCUGGGCAUUAAUAGUAAAAAGUAAGUAGCCUUUAUGUGCUGCUGUAGAUCAGAAUAUUGAGGAUAUGAGAUAAUCCUUCUGCAAUUUGUGUUUUUCAUUUCAGUUAGCAAAGUGUUCCAUUAAAACAUGCUCUUCUACCAUUAAACUUUUGGUCAAUGUAAGGGAGGUAUGCUUUUGCACUUAGGACCUACUCUCCUGUUUGAAGAUUAGAAGCAGAUCAGGUUAGAUGAGGUAAUUUCUGUUGAACAUCUUGUAAAGCUUUUUUUUUUUUUUUUUUGACUUCUUAUUGUACACAUAUUCAUUUGGUUCAGAAUAUUUGAGUGGCUCUUAAAUCUUUUGGAUGUACUUGCAGAUUUUCUGUUUGAUACCAUACAAAUCCAUCCUUUUAGCUCUGGCUGAGGACUGUCAGUGUUCGGGUAAUUUUCCCUUUCUGACAGGCAAAAGAGGUCUUGUGCUCAGGGUAGGCUUUCAUUACCACAGGGGAGAGAAACUUGCAAAGUGCCAGCUAGGUUAGAUCUUUUGCCACUUCUUUCAUUUUAUCAAUUUGGGUUUUUAAAGGGCUGUUUUAAAAAAAAAAAAAAAGCCGGGAAACUUUAAAAGUAGGCAUUACUGUAGUACCGCAUUUCUUAGACAUAGAACAUCUUAAACUAGAACUUGUUUUUUCACAGUAUAAUUACUUGAAGAAGCACUAUUAUAAUCAAUGAGAAACUUUUUGACACUGCAAUUUAAUUUAAACUUUUUCCGUUUCAAAUUGCUUUAUUUCAGGGAAAUAAUUUUCCAGUUGUUUUGCUAUAUUCUGCAAAUAAAACCGUGUUUCCUUUUUUCACUUAAACGUUGGUAGGAAACAAACUAAAGCAGACAAACAUUUCUUGUUGUGUUUGUUGCUUUCUUUAAUCCAAUGGAUAAAAAAGUAAAACCCUGUAAACAUUAUUUUAUUUUUUUAUGCAAUACCAUGCUGUAAAUACGGUUCAUCAAAUAAGGAUGUACCUAUGAUUGAAUCUUUAAUUCUGCACAGUUAGAGUUUAUAUAUAAACGUGUCUUGACAAUCAAGGACUUUUAUGUGAGUCUUCCUUUAUGAUGUUUAUUAAUGUUAUGCAUUCCAUUUGUUUUGAAGUGAGUACCAAUGUGCUAAUUUGUAUUGUCUGAAAGUAUGUAAUGUUUUUACAGCUUGUUUUUAAGAAUCUGUAAAUAUGUACAAACAAAUCACAGUACUGCUUUAUGUUAGAAGGCAUAUGAUGUUGUACUGUACGUAAGCAAUAAUACAUAGCAGUGCUAACUGUACAAGUAGCAUCAGGAAAGUUCUAAAAACAUUUCAGAGUUAUUCUCCUUAUUUCAUUUAAUAAUGAUUAUCUUUAAUCAGUUUUUAUAAGUAAAUUCCAUUGUUCCUCCUACUGGAACAUAACACUGUUUACACAGCAUAAUUGAAGUUGCAGGGGAGACAGGCUAAAUCUGACUUCAUCUGUACUCACUUUCACUAAGCAUUGAAUGGCCUUACCACUCUUCUGCAAGAUGGAGGAAGACCGCAAAACUUAGUGCCCAUCACACUGAAGGAAGGGGGUGUGGUUUUUUUUUUGUUUGUUUUUUGGUUUUUUUUCCUGCUUCUGUACUGCUACCUAACUUUGUGGUUUGCUUUGGAUUUAAUAUUUGUUUCUGUUUUAGAUUCAAGCCCAUAAGUUUUGAGGUGACUUCAGCUCCAUUGUGACAUAGUUCUCUUCAUAUUUCAUAGCUACAUUUCAGUAAUUCUAAACUUUCUACUUUGAUUUUUAGAUAUGUAUUUUUCAAGCUUGAUUUCUCAGCUGAACAGAUGAAUUUAUUCAACUUCAAUACAAAGAAAGACAAACCUAUUGUAGUUUGAAUUGAGUAGAUAUUAUACUGUACAGAACAGCUAACUAUUUGAACACACACAUCACUGCUUUAGAAAUAAAACCGCCAAUUUAUAAAUGUAUAUGACCUACAUUUUAUAGGAGAAAUGUUUUUAAAUGCUAGUCAUUUAUAUAAUGUGCUUUGAAGGAUUUGCUAGUCCACUUCUGUCACUUUUUAGUACACUGGUAUCUUUUAUAUGUAAUGUAUGCUUUUUAUUAUUGUAGCAAAGCAUUUCAGUAGAAUGAAUUUUGCAACAAUAUGGGGGGAAUUUUUCAUUGUUGGAUUUGAAUUAUACUGGAUUUUAUCUGUGUAGUCUUGUCUUUAUUUUAAUGCUGUCUGGAAGGGAACUUGGUAUCCAAAUAAAGCAGGUAACCUCAUUUUACUUCAA